GAAAAAACUCUAGAAAAUUACAAUCUCGCCCCUUUCCCUCCCCCUCCAACGAACAACUAAUAAUCUUUUCAAUUUCACUCCUUCAUCAUAAUCAAAUAUAUAAAAUGAGAUUUCACGUUGUUGUGUGCCAGAUGUAAGCAAGUCUUGAAGAAGAAGAAGAAUCAAGCCAGAGAUCUCCGUCUCUCUCUCUUCGCCUCUGUUGCUUUAUCUCCGACCACUGAGUCAUGUCUCCGAGCAAGCUCGACUCCCCCGCUUCCUAUGGAAAUGGGGAUGCAAGUGUUUCGUGCUCACAGCCAGAGAAUGGUUUUGUUGAUUCACUUCCUCUCAUUCAGUCAGAGAAGGCAGUGCAGGAACUUCUUCAACAGACUCCUGUUCAGGGAACAGAUGAACAUCUUAUAGAGUUUUCUGAGGCCUUGAGAACUGUUGCAAAGGCAUUAAGACGAGCUGCUGAAGGAAAGGCUGCUGCUCAAGCUGAGGCUGCAGAAUGGAAACGUAGAUAUGAACUGGAGAGGACACGAAAUCUGCAGAUGGAACGUAGAGGCAAUGUUAUCUCUGAAAUACUCCAAAGUUGGUGGACUCGGACUUCUUUAUAUAAUGCAAUGGGACUGAUAAGAUUUAUUCUUCCAUGUCUUGUCUGCUGGGAAAUUUGGAAAGAACAGAAUAGGCGACUAUCUCAAGAACAGUCUCUUGGAAAGAGUAAUGGCCAUUUUGAGGCAGGGAGGCUUGAAAACUCAACCAAUAGUCUUGUGCUGUGCAGUCAAUCUGAGGAGCAUUCCAGAGUAGGUUCUUUGGAGCAAGGGAUUUGCUCCCAUGAGGUUCUUCGGGACGUGGAGUCUGAUUUUGAUUCCGAUACAAUUCAUAAUAAGAUGAUGAGAAAGGCAUCAUUUAAACUUUCAUGGAGAUGCAAAGGUGAAAAUAGUGAUCAGCACAAACAUGACAUUGUCUAUUUUGAAAGAGGAAAUAUAACAACAGCAGAGCGCAGCAGUAAACAGAUUUCUCUUAAGUGGGAAUCACAACCACAGACUGUGCUUAUUUUCACCAAACCAAAUUCAAGUUCUGUUCGAAUUUUAUGUGCAGAAAUGGUCAGAUGGUUAAGAGAGCAGAGAAAGGUGAACAUUUAUGUGGAGCCACGAGUGAAAGCUGAACUUCUAACAGAAUCAUCUGACUUCAACUAUGUACAUACUUGGAAAGAUGACAAUGAAAUUUUGCGCCUGCACACAAAAGUUGACAUUGUGGUAACCCUUGGUGGAGAUGGAACUGUCCUUUGGGCAGCAUCAGUGUUCAAAGGGCCUGUUCCUCCUAUUGUGCCAUUUUCUUUAGGGUCUUUGGGCUUCAUGACCCCUUUCCACAGUGAACAUUACAGAGAUUGCCUUGAUUCAGUGUUAAAGGGUCCGAUUAGCAUAACAUUACGUCAUCGGUUGCAGUGUCAUAUUAUUAGAGAUGCUGCUAAAAAUGAGUAUGAAGUCGAUGAGCCUAUACUUGUUUUGAACGAGGUUACAAUCGACCGUGGCAUAUCUUCAUAUCUCACAAAUUUGGAGUGUUACUGCGACAACUCCUUUGUCACAUGUGUGCAAGGAGACGGACUGAUUUUGUCAACUACAUCCGGUAGCACUGCAUAUUCGUUGGCAGCUGGAGGAUCAAUGGUCCAUCCACAGGUUCCGGGCAUCCUUUUUACACCAAUUUGUCCCCAUUCUUUAUCCUUCCGGCCUCUCAUUCUACCGGAGCAUGUAACAGUGAGAGUGCAAGUACCUUUCAAUAGCAGAAACCCAGCUUGGGUAUCAUUUGACGGCAAGGACAGGAAACAGUUGGCGGCUGGAGAUGCACUCGUCUGCAGUAUGGCAACUUGGCCUGUUCCGACAGCCUGUCAAGUUGAUUCCACUGACGACUUCCUGCGCAGCAUCCACGACGGUCUCCAUUGGAAUCUAAGAAAGACUCAGUCAUUCGAUGGCCCUCGAGACUCAUAACUCAUAUUUCAUCGCUCAGUUUCUCCGAUAAGAUGUAAAGCAAUUCUAGCAGAAUCUGACUCGUUAUAUACUCGAGAGUUGUUAUCGGUACCAGGGCGAAGCAUUUAAAAUGUUGUAAUUUAUAUUCCUUACUAAUGUCUC